CUUUCUGUGAUCAACGGCCAAUUAUUGAAAAGGCACCGGAAUGUUUAAUAACCUAGGUCCCACUGUUCACCCUCAUCAAUCAUCCCCUUUCUCACGUACCACAUGAACCGCAGCACCCAUCUUCUCACGUGCGAAUUACACAGCCCAAUGCGCCUGAUAUUGCCACCUUAAAAGUUCUCUCUGACACCACGCGAACCGACCCAAAGCCACCACCCCCAACCACGAUCUGGUGGUUUCCGGUCUCCCAUCGACGACGCAGCCACCGUAUGCCCCGAACAUUUUGAUUUCCCGGCACCGCCACCUCCAUUUCCAAGCGCCUCCUAGAUCUGGAAAAUUAUAGAACACCUGAGUCGACGUGAUAAUCUCGAAAUGGAGUCGAUACUAGCACGAGCUUUAGAGUACACGCUGAAGUACUGGCUCAAAUCAUUCACCAGAGAUCAGUUCAAAUUGCAGGGGCACACUGCACAACUUUCCAAUUUAGAUUUAAAUGGGGAUGUUUUGCAUGCGAGUCUCGGGUUGCCACCGGCGUUGAAUGUCACCACGGCGAAGGUCGGAAAGUUGGAGAUUAUGCUUCCCUCUGUGAGUAAUGUUCAAAUAGAGCCGAUUGUUGUCCAAAUUGAUAGGCUUGAUGUGGUGCUGGAGGAGAAUGAUGACCUGGAAUGUCGGACCACAAGCAGUGCACAAUCGUCCACCAGCUCUGGAAGAGGAGGUUAUGGAUUUGCUGACAAGAUUGCGGAUGGAAUGACUGUGGAAGUGCACACUGUCAAUCUUCUACUUGAAACUCAUGGAGGCGCUCGACAACGGGGAGGAGCAACCUGGGCAUCACCUAUGGCGUCUAUCACUAUACGCAAUCUCUUGCUCUAUACUACAAAUGAAAGUUGGCAGGUUGUAAAUCUUAAGGAAGCAAGGGAUUUCUCCAAUGACAAAAAGUUCAUUUAUGUGUUUAAAAAACUUGAAUGGGAACAUUUAUCGAUUGAUCUCCUUCCUCAUCCUGAUAUGCUCAUGGAAGCUCAUUCUGCAUACUCCGAAGAGGGACCUAACAGGAAAGACGAUGAUGGUGCAAAACGAGUUUUUUUUGGCGGGGAGCGAUUCAUUGAAGGAAUAUCGGGACAGGCUAAUAUCACAAUACAGAGGACAGAACUAAAUAGUCCACUGGGUCUUGAGGUUAAGUUGCAUAUUACAGAAGCUGUUUGCCCUGCUUUAAGUGAACCAGGGUUACGUGCUCUACUCCGCUUCUUGACGGGAUUAUAUGUUUGUCUAAAUAGAGGAGAUGUGAAUCCAAAUGAUCAACAGCGUUCCACGGAAGCUGCAGGACGUUCUAUAGUCUCUAUUAUCGUGGAUCACAUAUUUCUCCGCAUCAAGGAUGCUGAUUUCCAGCUUGAACUUUUAAUGCAGUCACUUUACCUUUCCCGGGCAAGUGUUUCUGAUGGAGAAAAUGCGAAAUGCUUGACUCAAGUUAUGUUAGCUGGAUUAAUUUUAAGGGAUGUGUUUUCUCGCCCUCCACACACCUUAGUGCAACCGUCGGUGCAGGAAGCUACAAUAGAUCCUUUGGGCAUUCCGGAUUUUGGUGAGAACUUUUGUCCUCCAAUAUAUCCAUUAGGAGACCAGUGGUGGCAUUUAAAUGAGGGUGUUCCUCUAAUAUGCCUCCAUUCUCUUCAGGUCAAGCCAUCCCCAGUCCCGCCAUCUUUUGCUUCACAAACAGUUAUCAACUGUCAACCUCUUAUGAUUUAUCUUCAUGAAGAAUCCUGUCUGAGAAUAUCUUCCUUCUUAGCUGAUGGAAUUGUUGUCAACCCUGGCGCUGUUUUACCGGAAUUUUCAGUUAACUCCCUCAUAUUCAAUCUCAAAGAAAUAGAUAUCACCAUUCCUCUGGAGAUGGCAAAACCACAAUACCCUGCUGGCAAUGGCAACAUUACUUUUCAGAGCUCCUUCACCGGAGCGAAUCUUCAUAUCGAGAAUUUAUUCUUUUCGGAGUCACCUUCCUUAAAACUCAAGCUACUGAAUCUGGAAAAGGACGCUGCUUGCUUCUGUUUCUGGGAAAAUCAACCUGUUGAUGCUAGCCAGAAGAAAUGGACAACUGGAGCUUCUCUCCUUAGUUUGUCUCUAGAGAUGUUUGAUGGAUCAACAGGAGUUCAAAGUUCCCAUAUCUCGUCUUUAGGUUCAUGGAGAUGUGUUGAGCUGAAAGAUUCUUGUAUUGAGGUAGCAAUGGCAACUGCAGAUGGGUGCCCAUUAAUAAAUGUUCCUCCUCCAGGAGGUAUUGUCAGAGUAGGAGUUGCUUGUCAACAAUAUGUGUCCAACACUUCGGUUGAGCAGUUGUUUUUUGUGCUGGAUCUCUAUACCUACUUUGGUAGGGUUGCUGAAAAUAUAGCUGCAGUUGGAAAAAGUAACCGACCGAAGAAAAAAGGAAAUGAAUAUGAAUCUUUGGGUGGAAGAUUGAUUGAGAAGGUUCCUGGUGAUACUGCUGUAAGCUUAGUUGUGAAGGACCUCCAGCUAAGAUUUCUGGAAUCUUCUCCUAUUGCUAUACAAGGAAUGCCUCUGGUUCAGUUUGUUGGAGAAGAUUUAUUUAUCAAAGUUACUCAUAGAACCCUGGGUGGUGCAGUAGCUAUUUCUUCCAAAUUAGUUUGGGAGAGUAUUGAGGUGAAAUGUGCAGACACUGACGGAAAUUUUGCACAUGAGAAUGGCAGUGUGUUUACUUCUAAUGAAAAUGGUCUGACGAUAUCUGGGAAUGGACAUCCCCAACUGAGAGCUGUCUUUUGGGUGCAAAACAGAAGGAAUCGUAAUUCAAAUGGCAAUGCCUUUUCUGUUCCAUUUUUAGAUAUAAGCAUGGUGCAAGUCAUUCCAUAUGAUGCACGGGAUAUGGAGUGCCAUAGUUUGAGUAUGUCAGCUAGUAUUGCUGGUGUUCGCCUUGGGGGUGGAAUGAAUUAUGCUGAAGCCCUGCUGCAUCGAUUUGGAAUAUUUGGGCCUGAUGGUGGUCCUGGGGAGGGGCUCUCCAAAGGACUAGAGAGAUUAUCUGCAGGGCCUUUGUCAAAACUUUUUGAGGCAUCUCCUCUGACUGUGGAUGAACUCAAAGAGAAUGGAAAUUCAGGAGAUGGGAGAGACAAUGGGUUCUUGCACUUGGGUACACCGGAUGAUGUGGAUGUAUGCAUAGAAUUGAAAGAUUGGUUAUUUGCUCUCGAAGGUGCACAAGAGAUGGCAGAAAGUUGGUGGUUCUGCAAUCCUGAUUUUGGCAGAGAAAAGAGGUGCUGGCACACGACUUUCCAGCGUUUGCAAGUGAGAGCAAAAAGUAGUCCAAAACAUUUGGUAAAUGGCAAGGGGAAAUCUCCUGGAAGACUGCAAUUUCCCAUUGAAUUGGUCACGAUAGGUGUGGAAGGCUUGCAGACCUUAAAGCCCCAGGCACGGAAGGAAAUGGUUCAAGAUGGUAUACCUGCAAAAGGGUUCAAACAAACUGUUGAGACAUGUGGUAUAAAUCUUGAUGCUGACAUAGUUGUCUCUGAAGAUGAUGGUGACGAUGAAAUGGCCAAGUGGGUGGUGGAAAACUUGAGAUUUUCUGUGAAGCAGCCGAUCGAGGCGAUUGUGACAAAGGACGAACUGCAACACCUUGCUUUUUUGUGCAAGUCUGAGGUCGACUCAAUGGGUCGAAUAGCUGCUGGAGUCCUGCGGGUACUCAAGCUGGAAGGGUCCGUUGGCCAGGCAGCCAUUAAUCAACUAAGCAACCUUGGAAGUGAGGGACUUGACAAGAUUUUCACUCCGGAAAAGCUUAGAAAUGGUGGUAGUGCUGGCAGUAUCGGGAUCAAUACGUCUUUGAAUGUGACCAGUGGAAGCCUGACUCCGACUUUGGAAUCAACAGUGGCUUCACUUGAAGAGGUGGUCCUGGAUUCAAAGGCCAAAUGUGCGGCUCUUACCACUGAAUUAUGUGGUUCAGAAUCUUCUCUACAGCAUCUCACCAACGUUAAACAACUGAGUCAGAAGCUUGAGAGCAUGCAGAGUUUAUUGGCACAAUUGCGGACUAAAAUUUAGUUCUCUUAUCGUCUUUGUUGCUGUACAAUAUUUGGGAUAAAAAAUCCCAAUCAUAUAGUUCUGCCAAUUUUUUUGCUCUUUUAUUUUUAUUUUUACUUUUGUAUAUACAUACUACUACACAUGCAAUACAGAUCUGAGUGUACACUAAUCAGGUAUAUUUAAGAGAGGAUCAUAGAUCCAACUGGAAAUUUUGUAUCAGAGUGAUGACACUUCUAUAUGGGUUGCUGUUAAGUUUAAAGAAAUAUAUCUUGUGAUUGAAUUCAACAAUUUUUCAAAGACAGCUUUACUUCAUUCGAGAAUAAUCCAUAUAGUUUGAUAUUUAA